AUGGCUCCUUCUACUACUGAAAAGAUUACUUUCCUCUUGAACUGGCGUGCUACUCCCUACCAUGCUCCUGUUUACCUUGCUCACUCCAAGGGUUUCUUCAAGGAUGAGGGUCUCCAAGUUGCUAUUUUCCAGCCCAAUGAUCCUAGUGAUGUCACUGAGAUUAUUGGCAGUGGUAAGAUUGACCUUGGUUUCAAGGCCAUGAUUCACACUCUUGCUGGUAAGGCUCGCGGAUACCCUAUCAAGUCUAUUGGUUCUCUCCUUGACGAGCCCUUUACUGGUGUUGUUUACCUCAAGGGUUCUGGUAUCACUACUGAUUUCCAAUCUCUUAAGGGCAAACGCAUUGGUUACGUGGGUGAGUUUGGUAAGAUUCAAAUUGAUGAGCUUACUCGUCACUACGGCAUGACCCCUGAUGACUACACUGCUGUUCGUUGUGGUAUGAACGUCUCUAAGGCUAUUAUCAACGGCACUAUUGACGCUGGUAUUGGUUUGGAGAACGUCCAGAUGGUCGAGCUUGCUGAGUGGCUUGAGUCCCAGGGCCGCCCCCGUGACGAUGUUGAGAUGCUUCGUAUUGAUGAGCUUGCUGAGCUUGGCUGCUGCUGUUUCUGCACCAUUUUGUACAUUGGUAACGAGGACUUUAUUGCCGCCAACCCGGAGAAGGUUCGCAAGUUUAUGCGUGCUUGCAAGCGUGCCACGGACUUUGUCAUUUCUGAGCCCGAGAAGGCUUGGGUUGAGUACCUUGAGGUCAACCCCCAGCUUAACACUGUUGUUGAUCGCAAGAUUUACGAACGCUCUUAUGCCUACCUCUCGGCCUCUUUGGCUAAUGUCACCCGUGAUUGGAAGAAGGUAACCAACUAUGGCAAGCGUCUCUUGGUUCUUCCCGAGGACUUUGUUCCCAACUACACCAAUGAGUUUCUCUCUUGGGAGCUUCCUGCUGAGUCUGGUGAGGGUGUUAUGGAUCCUACCACUGCUCAGAAGAAGAUGAAGGAACUUCAGCAAGAGUGCGCUUCCUGUGGUGGUUUCCGCAGACUUGCUCUUACCGCUUAA